CUCGCCGGGAACCUGAAACCAGCCGCGUGAGUCGGUGACGCGGACUGCGCCUGCGCGCCUGGGGAGCGGGUGACCCGAGGAAGAGACUGGUGCGCCGCGGGGACCGGGCAGGGCGCCCUGUCGGAGUGCACUGCGCCGGACACUUCAAGCCCUGGAGGGACAGGAAAGCCAGAAAUGGACUUCGUGAGGCUUGCUCGACUGUUCUCCAGGGCCCGCCCCAUGGGACUGUUCAUCCUGCAACACCUGGACCCCUGUAGAGCCAGGUGGGCGGGAGGCAGGGAGGGGCUGAUGUGGCCAGUGUGGGCGCCCUUCAGCAGCUCCUCCUCUCAGCUGCCCCUUGGCCAGGAGCGCCAAGAGAACACAGGCAGCCUGGGCUCUGACCUGAGUCACUCCAACUCCACGGCCACACAGGAAGAAGACGAGGAGGAGGAGGAGAGUUUUGGGACCCUCUCUGACAAAUACACCUCCCGGAGACUAUUCCACAAAUCCACAGCCCAGUUCCAUAACCUGCGGUUCGGGGAACAGAGAGAUGAGCAAAGGGAACCGGAGCCCAAAUUAUGGCGAGGCCGGAGAAACACCCCGUACUGGUACUUCUUGCAGUGCAAACGCCUGAUCAAGGAAGGGAAGCUGGUCGAAGCCCUGGACCUGUUUGAGAGGCAGAUGCUGAAGGAGGAGCGAUUGCAGCCCAUGGAGAGCAACUACACAGUGCUGAUCGGGGGCUGCGGGCGGGUCGGCUACCUGAAGAAGGCCUUUAAGCUCUACAACCAGAUGAAAAAGCGGGACCUGGAGCCCUCGGACGCCACCUACACGGCCCUGUUCAACGUCUGUGCCGAGUCCCCCUGGAAGGACUCAGCUCUGCAGAGCGCCCUGAAGCUCCGGCAGCAGCUGCAGGCCAAAAACUUCGAGCUCAACUUGAAAACGUACCACGCGCUGCUGAAGAUGGCUGCCAAGUGUGCAGACCUUAGAAUGUGCCUCGAUGUGUUCAAGGAAAUCAUCCACAAAGGGCACGUGGUCACAGAGGAGACCUUCAGUUUCCUGCUCAUGGGCUGCAUCCAAGACAAGAAGACGGGCUUCCGGUACGCCCUCCAGGUGUGGCAGCUGAUGCUGAGUCUGGGGCUACAGCCGAGCCGAGACAGCUACAACCUGCUGUUGGUGGCAGCUCGGGACUGUGGCCUAGGGGACCCCCAGGUGGCCUCAGAGCUGCUUCUGAAGCCCAGGGAGGAGGCGACUGUGCUUCAGCCCCCAGUGAGCAGGCAGCGGCCAAGGAGGACAGCCCAGGCCAAGGCAGGCAACCUCAUGUCAGCCAUGCUGCACGUGGAGGCCCUGGAAAGGCAGCUGUUUCUGGAAACUUCUCAGGCACUUGGGCCUCCAGAGCCUCCGGAAGCCAGAGUGCCCGGCAAGGCCCAACCAGAGGUGGAUACCAAGGCAGAGCCCAGCCACACAGUGGCCCUCACCCCAGUGGCCCUGAAGCCACCUCCCGUGAAGCCGGAAGUCAACCUCCUGACCCCCAGGGCCGUUCCCACCACCGUGGUCUCCUUUGGAACAGUGACCACCCCAGCUGACCGGCUGGCCUUGAUAGGGGGCCUGGAGGGCUUCCUGAGCAAGAUGGCAGAGCACAGGCAGCAGCCCGACAUCAAGACCCUCACGCUACUGGCCGAGGUGGUGGAGUCCGGGAGUCCUGCAGAGUCCUUGCUGCUGGCUCUCCUGGACGAGCACCAGGUGGAGGCCGACCUGACAUUCUUUAACACGCUGGUGAGAAAGAAGAGCAAGCUCGGAGACCUGGAAGGGGCCAAGGCGCUGUUGCCGGUCCUGGCAAAGAGGGGCCUCGUCCCCAACCUACAGACAUUCUGCAACCUGGCCAUCGGGUGCCACAGGCCAAAGGACGGUCUACAGCUUCUCACAGACAUGAAGAAGUCCCAGGUGACCCCCAACACUCACAUCUACAGCGCUCUCAUCAACGCGGCCGUCAGGAAGCUGAACUACACCUAUCUCAUCAACAUCUUGAAGGACAUGAAGCAGAACAGGGUCCUGGUGAACGAAGUGGUCAUCCGCCAGCUGGAGUUUGCAGCCCAGUACCCUCCCACCUUUGACCGGUCUCGGAUCAUGUGCUCACGGACAGCCCUGGCCUUCCCUGUAUCAGGCCUCUGGAGGCAGAGGCUGUCUGCCGUGCUCAUCUGGGUCCAAAGCACCUGCACGUUGCCGGUACCAAGGGAAGAACACCUACCUGGAGAAGAUUGAUGGCUUCCGAGCCUAUUAUAAGCAGUGGCUGACAGUGAUGCCCGCAGAGGAAACGCCGCACCCCUGGCACAAGUUCCGGACCAAGCCCCAGGAGGACCAGGACACCGGCAAGGAGGCUGAUGUGGACGGAUGUGCCCUUGGGGGCAGGUGAUGGGAGCACAGCUGGAACAACGUGUUCGGCCCCCAGUGCUCUGUGGGAGCCCCAGGACAAGUGAGCUGGUGUCACCUCCUGCCUGGGGGAAGAGCCAGGCCCUGAGGAACAGCCGCAGCGUGUCACAGGUGUUGGUGUGAGGACACACGCUAGGCCCAAGGUGCCUGUGCUCCCGGCAGGUCCACGGGCAGCUCCAGCCACCUUCGCGUGUCACCUUCACGGAUCUUCCAGCUCCAGCUACCUUUGCGUGUCACCUCGCACACCACAAGGGGGCCGGGGCAUCUGGUCCUUGGGGCCUGGUGCUGCCCCACUGGGUUCCAUAGGACGAUGCUCUGAAAGAACAGACGUGGGGGCUCGAGAGGUUUAAUGAUUUUAUUUUUACAAAUCACAGCUGAUGGAUAGCGAAGCCUUCCCCAUAGAGACCAUGCUCCAACUCGGGCCUGGGGCACUGCUCGCUGCUCCCAUGAAGGGGGUGGCGUCACAGGCAGGAACCUGCGGAGUCCAGAGUCCAGGGUGGAGAGUGCCAGCCUCAGCCAGAGCAGCCACGGCAGCCACAGUGUGUGCACUCGAUGAUGCGGCCCUGCAACAGAGGAGGACGGUGAGACGAUGCCACUGCACCACGCUCGCCCCUGCAUGCCCACAUACGUGGCAACCCUCCCACGAAGGACCUGCCACCAUGCCAUAUAGGGACACACCUCAGAAACCCUUCCUUGACAGCUCUGGACAGGGAAAAUUGGCUCCCUCAUGAAGGUAGAAACGGCUGCGGUUGACACCGAGGUUACAUCUGCAUAUUUAUAAUAUGUUCUGCAAAUCCAACACAUGUUUGCCAAUCAAGAAAAAGAAAUCGGUGUGAA